UUGGAUUGACGCAAGCCUGCCUCUUUGCAUCAACAACAUUGCUGUUGGUUGACGGUGUGUCUGUAUGCACAUACCUGCGCAGGUUACCUGUUGAAGAGCUCACUCAACCACUGGCACCGAAGUUGUCCAACAAAAAUAUACAUAGAGACGGUGCCAGCUAGCCGUCAUCGUCAGUCUUGUGCCUGUUUCGUAGCGAUUCUGACGCUUCCUUUUGUGCGCUUUUCGCAGCUCAAGCUCCAGCAGUAUCUACCUAGCUUCAUAGAGGUGUUUUGUGUAUUUUGGAUCCGCUUUGGACAGUAGUUUACAAAACUUUUCACGAGUGUUGUUGCAUUUGCAUUUUGAUUGUGAUUACCAGCGUAUCACCCGUCCGUCGUCGUCGUCGUCAUCGUCGCAGUAGGAACUCUAUUGGUUUACGUGCAUUCCGCUGCUGCUGUGCCACAAGUGCCGACUUCCCAACCUAAAGUGACUUGCGCACCUUUUAGUGGCCAACCGUGUGUGCGGAAAAAAAAGUUAGAGUGAGCAGGACGGGACAAUCGAAUAGCACCGUGUUCCGAUUAGGGAAUUUAGUGAAAUUCCUGAGCUUCGCAAGUGAAUCGAGAAAGAGUGUUCGUAUUUACUGAAACGGAUCAAUUUUGGAAAUAAAGUUAGCCAGGUGAAUUAGCUCAAGUUUUAGUGUACAGAGUAAUUUAAGAUAAACCUAAGACUUAAGUGUUCCCAAUUAUUGGCUUUCUGGACGGAAGAGUGAGUGCGAGUGAGACGAGCGAGCUGCGCCAGACUCUCGUUCGUUGGAUGAUUACUAUCUCGGACUCCUCGGUGGUGUGUACAUGGAGAGACGAGUUUGAGCAAAAUUAUAUUUUUCAUUCGCUGUUUUUGGAAAUUGGAAAAACAAGUUUGCGCGAACGAGACGCCAGAUCCAGCCUGUUGGUGAGAGCGAGCACGUUCCGUUAUAUUUUGAUGUGCUGCUUGCUGCUUGGAACUGGAAGAAGCUGUUCUCCGUGAAGACGACCAACAAGAAGAGAAACGGUGCGAGCAGUGAAGUGGAAGUGCCACCGACGAGAAGAGUGUGACAGUUUGUGGCUAUUCGGCGAGGGAAACAUAUUUUUGGCCGAAAAGGUGAAUGAUUUAUGCAAUUAUUACGAACGCGUACGGUUGGCCGUGUGUUGGUGCAGGGAAAUCCAGGUGACGGGCGGACGGACGUGUAUUGAAAGUUUCAAGUAGCACCGAAAUACCGGAUGCAAAACGAGAGUACCUACGUAGAGUCCAAAUAUUCCGGUUCUUUUUGGGAUCCCUAGUGUGGUGCAACAGGUUCGCUAUAACAACUAACAACACACAGCACCUCGACCACGCAGUGCACAAAGUAGGUUAUAGAAGAAUAAUAACAACAGUAACCACAACGCACCGCUGUGCUGUGAGAAAUCUGAUUAAUAAUCAAAUCACAACUGCCGGCGUCGUCGUCGUCGCAACCACCACCCCAGUCACCCGCGAUUCGCAGCAUCCAUCACUCGUAUAGUAUUUACUUAUGAACAAUUACUCAUUAUUUUAAGGCGAUUGGUACUUACAAAAGCGAGUGCGAGCGAAAACUGGUCAUUGCACACACACGCAAAGGGAACACAAUAGAAGAACGAACAACCAGUGCCUGGUGACCUGUGACCUCCGGCGGAAUCACGUCGCACAAAGAACCUCAGCCGGCGGCAAGUGACGAACCCCGGGUCCCCGGAUUGACCGUCAAAAGUGCAAUUAAAUCUUCGGUAGUUUGUAAGAGCAAGUUAACGAAUUCUGUGAUUAUCACCAUCAUUCCCCCGACACGGCGUCGUCUCCGGUGAAGAAAAGCAUAAUUAAACAAAGUAGCAAUAAAAAAAGGCGAGCAAGUGUGUAAAGCAGGGAGGUAAAUGUGUCGAAAGGCAACCUCGACUACUUGAGGAGGCAGAAAGAUUGGCCAUUUUUGUGUAGUGGAUUUCGGUGCGAUUUAAGUGAAAAGAAAAGCUCGCAGUGUGUGCUGUUGGGGGAAAACCCAAUACCUACAAGUACCUACUACUUUUUCGUUGCGGCUGAGAGAGUGACAGAGAGAGAGAGAGAUAGAAAGUUCGAAGCUGCAUCCAGAAAUCCGGGACGAAGCAACGACGGUAGAAGAUGCUAGUUCCGGGACAUGUGGUGUCACUGUAUGUGGCGACGUGCGGCUAUAACGGUGCGGCACUUGGCUCCGACGAGAAGGAGAUUGUUCUGCUGAUUUACGUAAUCAUCGAUGUGCAGACAAAUAAUAUCGUCGGCGUCAAGCAGUAUUUCGUCCGGCCGUCCAACCCGCAGCAGGGUCGGGAGCACCAGAAUGCCCUUCACAACAGCAGCGCCAGCAGUGCCAGCCAGAACAACAUCAGCUCCAGCAAUACCUCGCUUGAUCAGUCCAUCGGAACGACCUGUUCGUCACAGUCGUCGUCCGGCGUCAACAACAACUCGACCAGCGGAGUAUCUUCGUCCUCGUCGACGUCCGCCGGCGCCGCCGCCGCCACCACCACCGCUGCCGCCGUACCGGAGUGUGCAAUCAGCCAGGAGAUACCCGCCAUCGAGUCCCUGAUCCAGUCUAACGGACGACCGCUAGAAGAGGUGCUCGAACAGUUCGAUGCCUACACACGGUCCCUCCAGAUUGACCCCUGUGGGGCCAACUUUCGGCUGGUGACGGACGGACAGCUCCCGUUGCGACAGUGUUUCCACCCAGAAGGAAGUGCCAAAGAUAUUCAGCUACCCGCGUACUACUGGCGAUUCAGCGACCUGCGGAAGGAGUACGUCCGCUUCAAGGCUGGCGAUUUGGCCCGGGCCCUGGUGCCGGUAUCCGAUGUCACCAAGCUGCACACGAUGCCGCGGUUGCCGACCGUGCUCGGUUCCGUGGCCGAAAUUAUGCAAGAUCUUGACCUUCCAACCUACCAGGACAACGAGUUCUACGUGAAGGAAGCUCGUGAUAUGGUCACAAUCAUCCAACACAUGAUAUCAUUAGGUCAUAAAUUCGAAGCGAAUGAAGUAGUGAAUUUAAGUUUAGAACCUGGAAUAUGCUCAAUCGAUGACGAAAUCGAUGGCACGUGUAUAGUGCGCGCACGUGGUUUGCCCUGGCAGAGCAGCGAUCAGGACAUCGCUCGGUUCUUCCGGGGACUGAAUGUGGCCAAGGGCGGAGUUGCACUUUGCUUAUCGCCACAAGGGCGCCGUAACGGCGAGGCAUUAGUACGGUUCAUUUCGCAGGAGCACCGUGACAUGGCGCUAAAACGACACAAGCAUCACAUCGGCAACCGGUACAUCGAGGUGUACCGGGCAUCUGGGGAAGACUUCCUAGCCGUCGCCGGUGGGGCAUCCAACGAGGCCCAGGCGUUCCUCUCCAAGGGCGCUCAGGUUAUCAUCCGCAUGCGCGGACUGCCGUACGAUUGUACCGCCAAGCAAGUGCUGGAAUUCUUCGCCAACGGCGACAAUAGCUGCACCGUGCUGGACGGCUCCGAUGGGAUACUGUUUGUGAAGAAACCGGACGGCCGGGCCACCGGCGAUGCGUUCGUGCUGUUUUCGCAAGAGACGGAUGCCUCCAAGGCACUCUCCAAGCAUCGGGAAUCGAUCGGGCAGCGAUACAUCGAACUGUUCCGGUCGACGACGGCCGAAGUUCAGCAGGUACUGAACCGCUCGAUGGACCCGAAAACGUACGAGCCGCCACAGCCGCCGCUGAUUGCCGCCUUGCCGCCGGUGCAGAUGCCGCUGCUUCCGCAGCACGUGAUCACCAGUGGGACGGAAAAGAACUGCAUCCGGUUGCGAGGGCUUCCGUACGAGGCCAAGGUGGAGCACAUUCUACACUUCCUGGAGGACUUUGCCAAGCACAUCGUCUAUCAGGGAGUACAUCUGGUUUACAAUGCACAGGGUCAAUUUAACGGGGAGGCGUUCAUCCAGAUGGAUUCGGAGACGGCCGCAUACCAGUCGGCUCAGCAGAAGCACCACAAAAACAUGAUGUUCGGUAAAAAGCAGCGCUAUAUCGAAGUGUUUCAGUGUUCCGGUGACGACAUGAACAUGGUUCUGAACGGUGGAUUCCAGCAGCCGUCCAAUAUCUCCAAGCCACCACUGUUAUCACCCGGUGGAACCAUCGUAGGAGCCCCGUUCGGUGGAUUCAGCCCGUUUGGACCGCCCCCGGCAGCGGUCCUGCCACCGCGAGCCCACCAUCCCGCCCACGCUGCGUUCUAUCCGCAGCCGAUCCUCUACUGGGGCUAUCCCAGCCCUCCGGUAUCGCCGACCACGUACUACGGGGCACCGGCUGCAGCAGCGGCUCCCCCGCACCACCUGCCACCGAAUAUGCCGCCUCAUCAUCACCAUCAACCGGCGCUGCUUCCCGUGACGGCGGACCACCUGCAGCCACCACCGCCGGCUAGCUCCCAGGCCGGUUCUUCAUCUGGGCGCGAAUCGCAGCAAUCGUCCACUCCGCAGCCGCAAUCUCCACUAUCCCCGAUCCCUCCCUCGUUUCCAGUCCACCAACAACAGACUGUUAACACCACUUCGUCACCUCCCCUUCUAAGCGGGAUUCCGUCCACGUUGACGAUCCCGAUUCCCAGCACCCACCUCCACCAUCCGGCCUACACAACGACGCCCCUAUCGCCGAUAUCGCAGCAACAUCACCAUCAUCAUCAUCAUCAUGGACAUCAUCAGCAUCAGCAUCCGCAUCAUCAUCAACAACAGGGAGGUAUCCUACAACCGCCCCCACCCACCUACGAGCACCAUAUCCACGAUAAGCUGAUCACUUCCCCGGGAAGCAUCCUGACAGCGGCCGCACCCUCGCUCAUCCCAAAUCAGUACGUCGAGUUGUUCAUUGUUUAGUCUGCAUUAUGCGAACAAACGAGUGUAUGUGUGCGUGAGUUCGUAUGAAUGUGCGUGUGUGCCGAAUGCAAGGGUCGUUUUUGUUCAGUGUUUAGAAUUUAUUUACAGUUUUACCAAAACACAGUAAUGUUUAUUUUAUGCCUGAAAGCAAUCCACCAACGAGUUGUACUAAGUGACUAAGAGGAAACAAUCAAGAAAUCGCAUUCCAACCUAAUCCAAGACAUACAUAUCAAAGUUAGUUGUUAGGUAAAAAAAAAAACGACGCGCAGUGUAAGCCAAGUUUAAUCCCACUUUUAAAACGUUAAGUACAAUAGAUAAAGUAUAAAUUUUCAAAUGCUACAUAUUUUCUAUUUUUCGUGUACGUUUAUUUAAGUGUAGAUGCGUAGAAUUGUACGUUGCUGAAAGCAAUCAAACUUAUAUUUGCUCAAAUUUACCCAUUUAACCCAUUUACCACAUUGUGCGUACUAAAAAAAAAAUAUGUUGUGCUCUAUAGUAAGUUUAAGUGACCAUUAUUUGUUAAGUUUUUUUCAUUCGCUGUUUUUUUUUUGUUUAACAUUUUUUAUAGUUUUAUUAAAAUUUUUAUCCACAACAACAAACGAUUCACGAUGUCUUCCAAACAGAGAUCAAGAAUGUAGUGGAAUGAAACUUGCCACAUAUUUCGCGAACUUCUUCAUUGAACUUAAGUUAUGACUUAUGUGUAAACUAGCUUCAUAGUAGUUGUAGUAAAUUAUACUUUUAUGCAAAAUUGUACCAUCUUUGAAAAAAAAAAGGCAAGGACCCCCUCGUCAGUCGUCCGCUUGCCUGAAUGCAGUGAUAUAUUUAGCAAAAGAAAACGAAGAUGUUUAGCGAAAUUAAGUCAUCUAACGAAAAUCUCGAAUCGAAGGUGCUUCUUCGAACUUAUAUAUCUGAAAAUGAAGUGAGGCAAUGAAGAAUAGCAAACAAAACAAUUUGUUAAAGUAUAUCUAUUAAGGGUUGCAGUACGGUUUCGUCAAUUUUUUUCAACUCCAUUAUCGUCAGAAUUUACCCCCUGACGAUAAUGGGCACAUCAGCUGACGAAUGCCGUAAUUUGCACCAAGUGAAUUGUAAAUAUAAUUGAAAACGAAUGAAGAUAUUUGCUCAAUUGUAAUCCUAACAAAAAAAAAUCAAAGCGUUACUUACCCAAGGAUUUCAUCAUUUGAACGGAAACAAAGGAAACCAUACGUGCUAGUUAACCAAUCGGGAACGAAUCUACGUUUUUGGUCAUUUACUUCUGAAGUAAAGCAAAACAAAAAAAAAAAAAACAAAAUGCAAUCAUCUAAUGUGCUCAAGUGCCAACGAAUACGAGAGAAGCAAUAACAAUCGAAAGAAGAAGGACAGGACUGUUGAUACAAUAAUUAAAAAAAAAAAUGUGACAAUUGCAGAAAAGCGGGCAAUACAAUUUUAUUGAUUUGUUAGAAAUGUUGAUUUAUAUUCGAUAUUGAUUAAAUUUGAUAGAAAAGUGAAAUCCGAAAAUGGAAAAUGAAAUGAAUGCAAUCAACUAGCAUUAUAUGCUGUGCAAUAUAUGCCCAAGCUAAUAAAAGUUAUUUACAAUAAAAGUACUAUUUUU